AAAUUCAAAUUCACUGUUCUAUGCUUUACUUUUCCAUAGCUCCCGACCAAAGAACUCCACUAAAACGGAGGGAAUAGUUUUACCUUAUAUAUAUAUAAAUGCUUUUGGCAUACUCUCCUUCUUGGAGUUCCAAAUUUUCUUCGGUUCGAAGAACGAAGUGGGAGGCUUAGAGGAAGUCUUAUGGCGGGUUAUAAGGGCCAUGAUGAAUAUGAUUACUUGUUUAAGCUGGUUUUGAUCGGUGAUUCUGGGGUAGGCAAAUCAAACCUGCUCUCGAGGUUUACCAGGAACCAAUUUAAUUUAGAAUCGAAGUCUACGAUUGGGGUUGAGUUUGCUACCAAGAGUUUGGAUAUUGAUGGGAAGGUAAUCAAGGCUCAGAUUUGGGAUACUGCGGGACAAGAAAGGUACCGAGCGAUAACCAGCGCUUACUACCGAGGUGCAGUAGGUGCUUUGCUCGUGUACGAUGUCACUCGACGUUCAACGUUUGAAAAUGCAGCAAGAUGGUUAAAGGAAUUGAGGGAUCACACAGAUCCAAACAUGGUAGUAAUGCUCAUUGGCAACAAAUGUGAUUUACGCCACCUUAUUCUUGUUCCAACAGAAGAUGGACAAUCCUUUGCUGAGAGGGAGUCUUUGUACUUCAUGGAGACCUCUGCACUCGAUGCAACAAACGUCGAAACCGCUUUCACCGAGGUGCUCUCUCAAAUAUAUCGAAUCGUAAGCAAGAGAUCAGUCGAGGCAAGCGAUAGCGGAAGUGCUUCAGUGACCCUCCCAACAAAAGGCCAGACAAUAGAUGUCAAGGACGACUCAUCGAUUCUGAGGAGGAUCGGAUGUUGCUCCAGCUAAGAAAAAUAAGCUUCGAGCCUGACUCGGAAUUACAGCAAGCAACAUUUCUUCUGUGUAUAUAGUUGUAUUGUAUCACUUUCUGUAGAUUAAGAGCUCGGUCGUUCGUGAUGGUUGUUACAAAGGCGCCUUCCAUAUAAGUGUGGAGUUUGCUCUUCUUUCAAUUCGAACAUUUGAAACCUGAAAUUUACCGUUGUCGUGUUUACUCUUUGGUAUCAAACCUCCAAAGCGAAAAAGAAAUUAUUAAUUUCGUAUA